AUGGCCAUAGCUAUACAUCCAACAUAGAAUUUAUUAAUGACAGGAGGUUCAGAUUCUAGAAUAGCUGAAAAGGAUAAUAUAAGUGAAGAUGUAGGAGUCAUUAAAAUGUGGACAAUAUUAGAAAACUCAACUAAGAUGGUUGAAUUUGCAGGAGCUAUAAAUUCUGGUCAUGAAUAAACUGUUAAUUGUUUGAAAUUUUCCCCAAAUGGUAAGAAUUUUGCAUCUGGUUCUGACGAUUACAAAAUUAUAAUCUGGAGCUAAUAAGUGAGAUAAACUUUUGUUCUAACUGGGCAUUGCAAAGAAAUCUAUGAUCUUUAAUGGUCAAAGAAUGGUGAAAUUAUAGUUUCAGGCGGGCUGGAUAAAUAUGUCAUUGUCUGGAAUGUUAAGAAAUAAAAAUAAUUAUAAACCUUGGAUGGACAUACUGCAUAUGUAUAAGGAAUAACAAUUGAUCCAAGACUUAAAUCUAUAGUAUCAUUGAGUCAGGACAGAUCAGCAAGAGUAUGGAAAGUAUUGAAAGCAUAAAAAAAAAAUCUGAAUAAUCUAUAAUUUUAUCCAUAGCAUGUUGUAAGAAAAUUAGAAAAUGCUUAAAAACCUGAAGGAUAACAGUCUAUUUCAUAAGACUAAUAAUAAUAAUCAUAAUAAUAAGCAGAAGAGAAAAAAUAAAAUGGAAUAUUUUUAGGUGAAACUAGUUUAUUCACUUUUGUAAGAAGACCAGAUUGGAGUCCUGACGGUUCAUUUUAUAUUUUACCUGCUGCUGAAUUCUGGGUUGAUAAUAAACCUAUCAUGGGUGCAUACGGAUUCUUAAGAUAAUCUCCUUAAGUUCCUUGUUUCUUUUUACCAACCAAGACUCCUGCCUUAGUUAUCAGAUUUUGCUCUAAAUACUAUAAUAGAAACUAAGACAUUCAAUAGCCAUUAAUAGAUUUGCCAUAUAAAAUGAUAUUUGCAAUCGGAACAAUUGAUUCUUUACUACUUUAUUCAACCGACAGCCCAAUCCCUUUAGCGAUUUUUGGAAAUCUUCAUUAUGCCUCCAUAACUGAUAUUUGUUUUAGAGGAUCCAACUUAAUUGCUGUAAGUUCAUGCGAUGGCUUUUGCUCUUUUGUUUAAAUUGAGGAAGGAUAUUUUGGUCAAGAAGUUCCUAUUGAAUAAUUACCUGAGUAUAUCAAAGUGUUGUAUAAUAAUGAUAAGAUAGAGGAGGAAGAAGUUUCAAAGAAGAAUGAAGAGUCCAAGAAGCAAGAAAUAGUAACUGAAUAAAGAGUUGAAUACAAGGAGACUUAGGAUGGGAAAAAGAAAAAAGUGAUUAUACCCAAAACUCUUUAGUUAGAUUAAUAAAUUUAGAAAUGA